AUGAAGUCCCUUCGUUACUCAACAUUUGCCUUUCUUUUUGCUAUUCUCUUCUCAUUUUCAUGGGAGACCUCAGCUCUGUCACAUGAGAGAUUUCUUCAUUGUCUUUCCCUUCAUUCCAACGACCCAUCUUCUAUUUCUAAAGUCAUUUACUCACAAAACAAUCAUUCAUAUUCAUCUAUUUUGGAAUCCUCCAUUCAAAAUCUUAGGUUUUCCACGAUAGAUACCCCAAAGCCUUUAGUCAUUAUUACUCCCUUGCAUGCAUCUCAUAUCCAAGCAACAAUUCAGUGUUCGAGAAAACACGGCUUGCAAAUUCGUUCUCGAAGUGGUGGUCAUGAUCUUGAGGGUCUUUCUUAUGUUUCUGAAGUUCCCUUUGUCCUCAUUGAUUUAGUUAAUCUUCGAUCAAUUGAUGUCAACGCUGAAAAUAGUGUUGCAUGGGUUGAAGCAGGGGCUACCUUAGGUGAACUAUAUUUUAGGAUUGCUGAAAAAAGUAAAACUCUUGCCUUUCCAGCCGGAAAUUGCCAUACUAUUGGUGUUGGUGGCCAUUUUAGUGGAGGAGGUUAUGGUGGAUUGCUCAGAAAAUAUGGUCUUGCCGCUGAUAACAUUAUUGAUGCUCACUUAAUUGAUGCUAAUGGAAGGAUUCUUGACAGAAAAUCCAUGGGAGAAGAUUUGUUUUGGGCGAUCCGAGGAGGUGGAGGAGGUAGCUAUGGAAUUGUCCUUGAUUGGAAAUUAAAGUUGGUUCCUGUUCCAGCAACAGUGACUGUUUUCUCAGUCACAAAGACCUUGGAACAGAAUGCAACCGAACUUAUCCAUCGUUGGCAAUAUGUUGCACACAAGCUUCCUAAUGAUAUAUUCCUUGCUGUGACCAUAAGAAGGGUAAAUUCUGGUCAAGAAGGAAAGGAUACAAUUCAAGCUGUGUUUGCUGCAUUGUUUUUGGGUGGGGUUGAUAAUCUUGUUUCAUUGAUGGAAAAAAGAUUUCCGGAGCUUGGAGUUGUGAAACAAGACUGCAUUGAAAUGAGUUGUAUUGAGUCAUUUCUAUACUUUGGUCAAUUCCCGUUAGAACGCUUGGAGAUUUUACUUGAUAGGACUGCGGUUAACAAAACUCUUUUCAAAGUAAAAUCUGACUAUGUGAAGGAACCUAUUCCGAAAAUUGUAUUUGAAGGGAUGUGGCAAAGGUUCUAUGAAGAAGAAGGGAAAUAUGGCGUAAUUAUCUUGAUACCUUACGGGGGGAAAAUGGAUGAGAUUCCAGAGACUGAAACUCCAUUCGCACAUAGAGCUGGCAACAUGUACAAAAUCAUAUACAAUGUUGGUCGAGCAGAAGAAGAAAAUUUGGAAUUUCAAAAGUACAUAAAUUGGAUCAGAAGAUUUUACCGCCACAUGACUCCUUACGUUUCAAAAUCUCCACGAGAAACAUAUGUCAACUAUAGGGAUCUGGACAUUGGAGUUAAUAAUAAAGGCAAUACAAGUUAUGCACAAGCUAGCAUUUGGGGUUUUAAAUAUUUUAAGAAUAACUUCAAGAAGUUGGUGCAUGUGAAGACAUUGGCUGAUCCUGAGAAUUUUUUCAAGCACGAACAAAGCAUCCCUCCUCUUUUGUCUUGGUAGAAGAAGAAAGUUUAGUAUUGUAUCCUCAAAAAUAAACUGGUUAAUUUUAUUUUUGUUUUUGAUAGGACUUAAAAGAUGUCAAUGCUCUUUAGUUGUUCGAUAAAAAUAAGUUAGAAGUGAUUGAAAUUGUUGACUCAACCAAAUAUGGCUGGUAAAUGUCAACAACUUUCAACACGUGAUUUAUUGCUGUUAAUGAAGUCAGAGUGAUGUAAGAAAUCCUAAAUAAGUUGUCCCCUCGUC